GACACAAGAUGGAUGUUUCUUCUUGCUCGUGCCACACAGGAAGAAGAUAGGUAAAUCUCAAUUGCAAUGCCCGCAUCGAUAUCGGGUCAGUCAUCUCCACUAUGCAAUGCAAAUGCAUGGACACAAUCGUUCAGCCAUUUGCCCAUACCUCCACUAUUGAGAUCAUUGGAUCCCCAGUGAUCCAGCUGAUCGAUUUCAUGCCACUCAUUUUGUACGGAGUAGGUUUCUAAUGCCUCAAUGGGUGUACAUUGAGGAUUAUUACCGUAGGACACAAACAAGUAGGACAGUCCUACGGUAAUUAGGGUUAUUAUUGUGGCAGAAUCUUCGUGCAUCUGUGUCGUACGUGUCAUUCAUUGGAUCCGGUUAACCUUAUUGACUGCAUCGUCGCGUGACUUUGUGUUAUUGAUGCCUGAUGCCUCGGGAGUCAAAACAUUUCUCUCACCUCAACCACUUUCAGUAAAUUUAUUUAUUUACCUAUUAACCCCAUUCUCUUUACAGCUCGUGUAUCUUCUGUUCCAUUCCCAUUCUAUCAACAAACAUUUCGAUCAUUACUAUAAAAGCUCGGCCAUAAACAGAUUCUUCCCAUAUAAGGUUCGAACAAUAUCAAAAUCUUAGGACGACAAAUUACUUCAAGUCUUUGCAGUUGACUCCAUACCUUUCUCCUGCAACAUCCCUAAAUACUCAUCUUGAUUUCGACUUCUUCAUCUCGAAUUUGCGCGCAUUGAUAUGACAUCCAUUUCCAUGAUCUUGUUUCCAUAGUGAUCAAGAUUCAUCGACUUCAUCUGAGAGGACGCGACAAUCAUUGUAAUCGUUGAUUCUCGGUCCUGUCAGCCACCAGGUCGCGUCAUUCAGACACACAACAGCCAGCCAUACCAUCGCGAUGGACUCACCGAAACAAGCAAAUGCUGCUCAGCUGGCGGCCCGUAGUAUCAAAGCAAAACCUAAAGGCAGGUUGAAUAACCAGAAAGCUGGCUUCGCGCCCGUGCAAAAUAACAACCCUAAUAAUAAUGCUGGCGUUGGUGGAGGAGGUGGCGGUGGUCUAUUCGGUGGAAGUAUAUCUGCUCCUGGUUCAUUCAACUUCGCAGCGCCAUCCGGAACACCAACUUUCACUCCUUCAUUUGGAAACUCAACAUCCAAUCAAUUUGCUGCACCCACCAACGAAGACCCCCGGGCAGAUACUACAGGUGAAGAAGCUUUGCGAAAGGAAAAGGUGUUCAGCGGUGGAUUCAGAUCGGGUGGUGGAAAUGAAGAGGCCUUGUUUGCUUCUCAUUCCCCAUACCAUCAAAACCAACAACAGUCAAAUACCCUAGACGCGUCGAAUAAUACACAAGCACCAAGUCUGUUCGGUGCAGCAAACGCGACACAGCCAAAUGGAGGUGGAUUACAAUUUGGAACGUCAACAUCGCAGAAUCAAACAGAAAGUUCAAUUUUCGGUGGCUUCAAUUAUACACCAUCACAAGCAACAAACAACAGUAGCAAUUCUACAUUUGCGUUCGGUUCCUCAUCACAAACCCCAACGAACAAUAGCACUCCAGCUUUCAAUUUUGGUGCGACGAAUUCUGGUCAGGCAGAAAGUUCUCUGGGUUUUGGCGCAAAUUCAACUUCGAAAACGCAAAAUCCUUUCACCAAUGAAAAUAAAAAAGCAAGUAAUUUUAAUUGCGACCCUUCUUCAUCUUUUUCCGUUCUUGGUAAUUUCAGUUUCGACCUUGCUCCUUCUUCUGUUCCUGUUAAUUCCAAUUUCUCUUGUUCAACAACUUUCCCUACUAAUCAUUUCGACAAUCCAAUUUUUGACCAACAGUUCUUUCACACGAACGGAGAUAGCUCAAACAUGUUUGGAGACUCCAAAGUCGAAUAUCCCGGAGAUGCUGGGCAAGCGCCAGCACAAAGUUCCCAGAUUCAGUACCCAAUAGGUCAAUUAGCAUUGGCCGCCAAUAUCAGCUAUUCUGAAGGUCUAUCAGUGACAACAGCAACUAGCUCCAUCCUUGGCAACACACCUUUGCUAGCGGCCCACCGUGCUAACCCACUUCAUUUUGUACAGGACGAUGCAAAUACCUCCUUCGGACAGAAUAAUACCAACAAUUCUUUUGUUGCUCAAAAUAACUCUUUUGGUGGUUCCUUUGGUGGCUCCUUCGCAAACCAAGCCAACACCAGCUUUACUGGUCUCAAUUCUACCAAUGCUGCCGCUCAAAACUCCCAGAGCCUGUUCGGCAACAUGACGGCAGCGACCUCUGCUCCGCCUUCCUCGAAUGUUUUCACCUCGUCGUUCCUGGCAACCACAUCCGCUCCAAGCACCACGAACAUGUUUGGAAGUGCCGCUUCUUCAUUCCCUACUGCCUCUGCACCAAGCACUACAAAUUUGUUUAGCAAUGCUAAUUCAUCAUUCCCUCCUGCCACUGCUUCAACCACUCCACUUUUUGGUGCUGCUAAGCCUGCCGAAUCUACUACAUCUGCUGUGACUGCUCCACUUUUUGGUAGCCUUAGUAAGCCUGCCGAUUCAACUUCAUCGGCUCCGAGCACUUCACUAUUCGGUGGUUUCAAGCCUACAGAAUCGAAUCCUUCUGCUGCAAGCACUUCAUUUUUUGGUGGCCUUAAGCCUGUCGAUCCGGCGCCAUCCGCGCCGGGCAAACCCAUUUUUGGUGGUUCCAAGCCUACUGACCCAACUCCAGCUUCUUCAGGCACAUCAAAUAUAUUUGCCAAACCCGCAUCAGCACCUACUCCUGUAUCAACUUUCACUGGCUUCAACAAACCUGCGGAAUCAACUGCAGAUCUCUUUAACCGUAACAAUCAGAGCAAUGGCCAAAACAAUAAUUUGUUUGGAUCAAAAUCUGCAGAAGAGCCAAAGGACAAGCAAACUCUCAAUCUUUUCAACAAACCCGUCGGGCAACAACACUCUGAGCAGAAUGCAAUGGACAAUACGAUGGAAAAGACUCCAGCAAAGACACCAAAUGCUCUUUUCGCAGGCUUUGGUAAGGCAAAUUCCUCGGCAGAAUAUCAGCUCGGCGGUGCCACCAAGGAACAAUCUGUAAGUGACUUUUCCGACUCCCCAAUUGACGACAGGAAGAAUGCUAAUCUGUCAAAGUUCGCCGCCCCAUCCGACGGCCAAGCUGCAUCUUCAUUCAAAAUUCGUGGUAGUGCUGAUGCAUCUGGUCAAAAUAACGCUUCUUCUAUUUUUAAACCAGUCGAUGCUUCUGCAGACGCGGCACAUCAGCCACCAAACACCGCGCUUGGUAGCUUUCCUUCUCAAGCCCAAGGCAUGCAAGCCUCGGACGAAUCACCGGGCAACGCUUCUGUUUGCAACUCGCUCGCUCUGAACGCCCCUACAAAUGCAUCCUCGCAAGUCCCACCUCCUGAUAAUAAACCACUUGCUCCUGGUAGAUUGUCCGAUUUUGAGUUUCAAGUUUCUGAACCUACGGACUUGGAAAUGGAGAGAAAUAUGCCUCCCAGCUUUGAUACAGUGCAAAGAAACGAAUUCAAGGCACUUUGGCGUAUCGCAUCUGUGCAGAGGGCAAUGGCAGCCUACUUCCAUCAUCUGCCGCCUGGCGCGGACCCAUCGAAGGGACUGGCGUGGAUGGAGGCUAAAAAGAAAGAGAUUCUCGCAGAACAUAAGAUUGAUUACAUUUCAAACAAGCGAGGUAGACCACAAGCUGGUCUUGAGAACGACGAGAACCAAGAAAACAUGAGUCCUCAGAAGCGAAUCAGACAAGACAAAGAACGCCCACAUCGUGUACCGAGCCCUGAAAAGCGCCCGCGAAGUACUCGGAGCCCUGAUAAACGCUCACGUGCGACAAAUGAGCCCGAGUCUGACCUCAAUGGCAACUCGAUGCUAAGAGCACCAAAACUUCUGCCUGGCCGUUCGUCUAGCCGAAGUAGAUCACCUUCUAGAAGCGCGGCUUCGGAACCAACUUCAAAUAAGAAGAGAAAGAAUGAGACUCAGCUGGAAUCGGGUGAUGGUGAAAGUGGGGGACAUAAGAAGAGAAAGCCUGAGCAGCCAAGUCGAAACGAGGUAGCUGAAAGUGGUAGCAGCAAGAAGAGAAAGCCCGAGGUCUAUUUGACUCAAAAUGAUCCUGAAGGAAUUGAAGAUGGCAAGAACAGUAACAAGAGAAUACUUAAUGGUUCUAGUUCAAGCACUUCUAACAUGUUCAAGAAUAUUUUGGACAGCCCGGAGAGAAAGACGCGGGCAUUGCCUGGAGCUGCUAAGGAAGCCGUGUCUGUUCCAGCAGAGGCACCUACUGCCAAUCCAUUUGGAAAUCUGGCAGGUGCUUCUCCCAUUAAAUCUAAUACCGGCACAACCUCUACUACACCCAGCAAACCUCCAGCCUUCAAAUUUACGCCUACCUCCACCACACCUACCACGUCUCCAACCAAACCACCCAUCUUUGCUAGCACUAGCGGUGUUAAGCCGCCUGCCUUUUCUGGUACUCCUGUUGGUGGCAUUAAGCCACCUACCUUUCCAAGUACUCCAACUGAUGGUAUUAAACCGCCUACCUUUUCAGGUGCUCCAAAUGGUGGUAUCAAACCGCCUACCUUCGCUGGUGCUCCUACUGGUGGUGUUAAACCACCAACUUUCGGAAGCGGACCUGUCAACUUCAUGGCCCAAUUUGGCCAAAAAGCUGCUGAAAGUGCAGAAGAUAACGAGAAGUUGUUAAUGCAAAAAGCUAAGGACGCCGACUUCGAUUCCGAGGAUGACGAUGAGGCCGAAUGGGAGGCCAAUUACAAAAAGAAGAGAGCUGCGGAGCUCAAAGAAUUGGAGGAGCUUGCAAAGAAUAAGGCUCCUAAUUUCCUCGUCAAAUCCACUGGAACUACAAAGUCCGUUGAAGCAAAAGAAACUGCGAAGCCAACAGCUACAAAUGUAUUUGCACCAUUCGCCAAUACUACUUCUACGCCAUUGUUUGGACAAGCUAAAUCUACCACUGGAGCUGCUGAGAGUAUCUUCAGUUCAGCAAACGCAUCAGGAACAUCCACUCCCAGCUUGUUCUCUGGCACCGGAUCCGUCCUUGGCGGUGCUGCAAAGACAUCUUCAUUUGCCGGCAACCCCUUUGCACAUCUUUCCGAUGCGGACUCAAAUAAUCAAAAUGACGGAGAUGAUGAAAGUUCUGAUGAUGGCUCUGACGGCGGAAGUGAAAAGAAGGAUCCAAGCUAUAAACCAAAUACAAGCGACGGCACUUUAAGUACACCUAGUGCUCACGUUGACGAGUCUGCUUCUAGCAUUGCCUCCAAAAAAGCAGUUACUGAGCCACCAAAGCUAAAAAAAAUUGGCUCAACUGCUAGCUCUGGUGCAACUACGCCCACUCCUGGCGCUGGUGGAAGUCUUCUCAGCCGUAUGACUAGAGAUCCUGUGUCAGACGAGAACGAGAAGUCGGCACCAAAGCCAUCCACGAAUAUGUUCGGUAGCUCUUUCGGAGCAACUUCUGAUACUCCAGCAGAUAAAACUUGGAAGCCAGAUACACCAAUUAAAUUUGGUAGUACUCCACCUUCUGCCCCUGCCGCCCCAACAUUUAACUUCACUGCUUCUACUCCAACAAAGCCCGUAAACAGCCCAUUCGGCGGAUUGUUUGGUAAUUCUGGAGCAUCGACCCCUGUUCUCUCUAAUGGACCUGCCACUACUACAGGAUUUCAGUUUGGUGGUCCUCCGUCUGCUACAUCUUCUCUAUUUCCUUCUGUGGCAGCCUCCGCAAAUACUUCUCGAGCUACUUCACCCGGUGCAACCACCGAGGGUGCCACUGAUGCCGAUGACAAUGAUCCGGAAAAAGUCCAUGCUCAGGUGAACCUCUUGGAAUCUAAUCCAGGCGAGGAAAAUGAGGAUGUCAUCCACUCUGUUCGGACUAGGGCUUUGAAGUUCACUCCAAGGGAGGAAGGCGACGAGAAAUCUCCAUGGGACACUAAAGGCGUGGGGCCAUUGAAGGUACUUCGUCACAAAGAAACGAAAGCUACUCGAAUUCUUUUGCGAAGUGAUCCAUCUGGAUCUAUUAUACUCAACAAAUCACUUCUUUCGCAGGUCAAGUAUGAAGCUAGCGGCAAGACCAUCAAGCUUAUGACAGUCGGUGAUGAUGGGAAGGGUUUGCAAAGCUGGGUCCUUCAAGUAAAGGGAAAUGAAUUGGCGGAAGAGCUGGCUAAGUGUUUGGAGGAUAACAAGGUCAAUAACAGUUGAUGAUCAACUCAUUUCACCUUAUAUCACACUUUUUUCAGCAAGAAAUGAUGGCAUGUUCAUGGAAAUAAGUUUGGCGUUUGCGUUGCAUAGCGUGGACCCGGGAAAAAGAAGUUUAUGAUUGUUUUUAUAUUGCGAUUUCGCUUUUGCUGUUUUUCACUUUCUCAAAAUUGAUGGAAAGGAAGGGCGGAGUACUUAUAGGCAUAUUAUUGAUUGGCACCGGCCUUUUCAAGUUGCUUUGCGCAUUUUGUCGAUUGAUAACAUCCCUUUGUGGGUGGGGAACUACGACUGUGAGAUUUUGAUCAGGGUUGUACAAUGGGCUGUGACCCCUUCUCUCAUCAAAGUCUCAUGGGGCAUAUAGAACCUUGAUAUUGCCGAGAUUGCCGUUUUGGAACUAGAAUUUGGCCGGAAGCGAUUGUAAAUAGCAUAGGGGAAACACUUCAGCACAUUGAUAUGAGUACUUAAUAAAACGUUUAAAUCACUUCUUUCUUUGUAUUCCCUGGUGAUAAUGCGAUUGCAAUCCGUUACUGAGUUGUGAGUAUAGGUCAACCCGGUAGGUAUAUGACUGUUUAGUGAGCUUCUCUCCUUUCCUUUGAGACCUGGAGAAAAUACUAGCAAAUGUUGCCCAUGGAACAGACAGAUUAAUGUUGGUACCAAUUUGGUGGUGUUGAAAUUGUAAAUUA